CAUCAAGAUGCGUUUCUAUCUGCUGUUCUUUUUGGCCCUGAGCUGCUGCCUGCUGCAAUUCUCCGCGGCUGGAGUGAACUUGGUGCGCGGAUUGGAAGCUGCUGGUCAUCAUCACAACAACACUGCUGGUGCACCACCACCACGUGGUGCUCCUCCACCGCCCAGCACCACCGCCAGCUCUUCGGGAUAAAUGGAUCGGUGGAGUUGUGUCCAAAACCUGGCCUAGCGCAGUUGACGAACCUUGAAACUAAUCCCAAUGUAAACUUUAUAAAGAUGUAGAAGCAGUAGUUUCUUUUUAAAUAAAUAAAAUUUCCAGCCAAA